CCUCAGCUUUCGGUCCAGACCCCGAGCUGGUGUGGAGCUGAGGCCCAACAACGUUCGCGCAAGAGGAAAGCCGGAAGUCUCCGCCGGCUGCCGGAGGCCGCGGCUACCGCACUGCCGAACCCCCACCUUCCCCCGCCUCCUGGGGCGCCCCCGGGGUGAUCCCCGAGUCCCCCUCGCCGGAAACGGAAGUGCGUGUCGGCCGGAUCAUGGCGACUUUCGCCGACCUGCCGGACUCGGUCCUGCUGGAGGUCUUCUCUUACCUCCCGGUCCGGGACCGGAUCCGCGUCUCCAGGGUCUGUCACCGCUGGAAGAGGCUGGUGGACGACCGGUGGCUGUGGCGACACGUCGACCUGACCCUGUAUACGAUGCGGCCUAAAGUCAUGUGGCACCUCCUUCGCCGCUACAUGGCCUCUCGGCUUCAUUCCCUGCGCAUGGGCGGCUACCUGUUCUCCGGCUCCCAGGCCCCCCAGCUGUCCCCUGCCCUGCUGAGGGCCCUGGGCCAGAAGUGCCCCAACCUGAAGCGACUCUGCCUGCACGUGGCUGACCUGAGCAUGGUGCCCAUCACCAGCCUGCCCUGCACCCUGAGGACCCUGGAGCUGCACAGCUGUGAGAUCUCCAUGGCCUGGCUCCUCAAGGAGCAGGACCCCACGGUGCUCCCCCUGCUCGAGUGCAUCGUGCUGGACCGCGUCCCCGCCUUCCGCGACGAGCAUCUGCAGGGCCUGACCCGCUUCCGUGCCCUGCGCUCGCUGGUGCUGGGCGGCACCUACCGUGUGACCGAGACGGGGCUGGAUGCGGGCCUGCAGGAGCUGAGCUACCUGCAGAGGCUGGAGGUGCUGGGGUGCACCCUCUCGGCCGACAGCACCCUCCUGGCCAUCAGCCGCCACCUCCGGGACGUGCGCAAGAUCCGGCUGACCGUCAGGGGCCUCUCUGCCCCCGGCCUGUCGGUCCUGGAGGGCAUGCCGGCCCUGGAGAGUCUGUGCCUGCUGGGCCCGCUCGUCACCCCGGAAAUGCCUUCCCCGGCUGAAAUCCUCUCCUCCUGCCUCAACAUGCCCAAGCUCAGGGUGCUCGAGCUGCAGGGGCUGGGCUGGGAGCGCCAGGAGGCCGAGAGGAUCCUGUGUGAGGGGCUGCCCCACUGCAUGGUCAUUGUCAGGGCCUGCCCCAAAGAAUCCAUGGACUGGUGGAUGUGACUGCACCACCCGUCCCCGAGACCCGUCUCAGCUUUCAUUAACGAGCCCCAGCCCCUGUGAGCAGCACCUUGCAGACGGCAGUGAUCAGCCUGAAGGCCACAGGUAAAGACAGCCGAGGCCUUGGGACCUCCAGACAAUUGGAAUCAUUGUUUGCAGGCUGUGUGGCCUCUGUGACAUCAGCCAGCCUCUUGGAAGCCCGGUCCCCACAUCUACAAAUGGGGAAGACCAUAACUACCUCAUGGAUAUGUUGCAAAGCCUUACUCUUUACUGGCCCCAGGCCUGAGAAGGUCUUCGACAAAGGGUGAUUCUCAGGGUCAUCGGCAGUGGCAGGACAGAAGCAGAAGGGUGGAAUUAGGAGUUGGAGGGACCUGAGGGGCCAGACCCCUUAGGAACCCCGGAAGGAUUGUCUAUGUGCACCCACACACCUAUACGCCAUUGACAUACCUACAUGCACCUGGGGGACAUGGAGAGAAAGGGCAGGUGUGACUCAUGCUUUGAUGAUCAAAACAUCAAUAAAGGUUCUAAAUUAUGUUUUCUAUAUUUUGUAUUUUCCAAGUUUUCUACAGUAUAUAUUAUUUUGCUAUUAAAGAAAAAUAAUUGUUUUUUUCAAAA